AUGUCCACGCCGCUGCCCAGCGGCCGCUGGGUGGAGAUCGUGGCGACGGUGCAGUCGAACCUGCUCAUCGGCGCGUCGCUGCUCGCGCUCUUCGAGCUCGGCCGGUCGAAGCGCAGCGUCUACCAGUGCCGCCUGCGCCACCGCCCCGGCCGCGCCAUCCCCGUCGCGCGGACGCCGCUGGGCUGGGCGCGGGACGUGUCGCGCGUGGACUGGGACGAGCUCCGCGACAAGGUCGGCCUCGACGCGUUCUACGCGCUCCGGUUCCUGCGCGUGUGCCGGAACCUCUUCGGCGCGGCGGCGGCCGCGGCGGUCGUUACCGUCGGGCCGGCCUUCGCGUCUUGCUCCGGCGGCGCGGCGGGCUUCUACCGUUGGACGCUCGGCAACUGCGACGGUGAAGCUGAUCGCGCGCGGCUCUGGGCCGCCGUCGCGUUCGCCUACGCGUUUUCCGCUCUCGCGCUGGGCCUCGUCGAGGUCGAGUCGCGGCGCUACCUCCGGGACCGGCUCGGCUGGCUGCGGCGCGGCGACGGCUCGGACUCGCCGCAGGCGCGCUGCUCCGUGCUCGUCGAGCGCGUGCCGCCGCGGCUGCGGUCCGACGCGGCGCUCCGGCGCUAUUUCGAGGCGCUCUUCGGGGACCGCGCGGUGCACAGCGCCGUGUCGUUCGUCGACACGGCGGACGUCGCCGCGGCGCUGGACGCGCGGGACCGGGCGUUGGACGCCUACGAGUGGGAGGUCUUGGGAUCGACGAGCGCGGACUACGCGUCGCUCGAGGGCAGCGUCGCCCGGGGCCGCGCGGCGACGCUGCGGCGGCGCCUCGCGGACGCGGACGCCGCCGUCGUCGAGGCGCAGCAGGCCAUCGCCGCGGCGCGGCGGCGCCGCGAGCUUCGGAGCGCCGGCGGCGACGACGACGACGACGGCGCGUCGGCCUUGCACGUCAUCACGGCGGAGCUCGAGGGCGCCGCGGCGUUCCUGGGCGCCGUGGCCGGCGUCAACGACGCCGUGAAGAAGCAUCUGGGCGACGGCGCGUCGAGCACGGGCGUCGUGACGUUCUUCAGCCCCGCGCUCGCCGCGGAGGCGGCGCAGCUCGUGCUCACGUCGCGGCCGGGCGACGUCUCCGCGACGCUCGCGCCGCCGCGGAGCGAUCUCGUGUGGCGCAACGUGAGCGCGCCGGCGCGCGACGUCGCCGAAAGGCUCCGCGCCGCGGACGCGGGCCUCGUGCUGCUGGCGGCCGUCUACGCGCCGCUCGUCGCGUCCGUGCAGGCGCUCUGCAACCUCGACGUCUUGGCGAAGUACGUCCCGUUCAUCGCGCCGCUCGCGAGCGACCCGCGCUACGAGCGGUCCCGCGCGCUCGUCUCGGGCCUGCUGCCCGUCUACGCGCUCCUCGCUUUGCUCGGCGUGCUGCCGUUGAUCUUGGAGGCGCUGGCGGUCGGCUACGCGGGCGCGAAGACGCGGUCCGAGGCGCACGGCUGGGUCGCGGCGCGCUACGCGUCGUUCCAGCUGCUCCAGAUCUUCGUCACGGUCGCGUCGGGGUCGCUCUUGAGCGUCUUCGAGCGGUUCCUGGAUCACCCGAAGUCGCUGCUGGACCUACUCGGCCGCGCGCUGCCGGGCAUGGGCGCCUACUUCCUCCAGCUCGUCGUGGCCAAGAUCUGCUUCGCGCUCGCCUUCGAGCUCGCGCGGCCCGUCGCGCUCGUCUCCGUCGUCGCGCGCCAGGGCUACACGCGGCGCGCCACCGUGCCCGCGCGCGUGCGCCGGCGGCUCCGCGCGCCGAGCGACUUCGACUACGGGUCGUACCUGCCCGACUUCUUCAUGGUCGUCGUCGUCGGCGCCAUCUACGCGCCCAUCGCGCCGCCGGUCGUCGCCGCCGUCGCGCUCUACUUCGCCGGCGCGGAGCUCGUCUACGCGCACCAGUUCCUCUGCGUCUACGUCGCGCGCUACGAGACGGGCGGCUCGCAGACGUGGCCGCACCUGAGCGCGUGCUUCUUCCUCGCGCUCGCCGUGGGCCAGGCGACGCUCGCGGGGCAGCUGCUGAUCCUCGAGGCGCCCGAGGCCGCGGCGGCCCUCGCGCCGCUGUUGCUGUUGACGCUCAAGGCCCGGAGCGACGUCCGCGAAAACUACGAGGAGCCCGCGCGCUUCCUCGACCGGGAGAGCUCCGUGCGCUUCGGGCUCUACUCGCGCCGCGCGGCGCACCACGCGGCGCUGGCCGCGCGGUCCCUCUCGCUGAGCUUCUCCUGCGACCUCGACGGCGACGACGACUCCGCCGUCGCCGGCGGCGGCGCCGCGACCGGGGCGAAGCUCGCGGCGGACUACUACCUCCAGCCCGCGCUCGCCGCGCCGCCGGGCAUGACGGACGCGGAGUACGCCGUGAACGUCGCCAUGGAGCGGGCCCUGCGGGGCCAGGCCGAGGCGCUCCUCGCCCAGGCCAACGCCUACUCGCGGGCCCUCGGCCACGAGGAGAAGAUGGUCGCGACGAAGGUCGACGAGCCCGCGGCCAAGGGGAAGAAGGCGAAGAAGGUCAAGGACCCGAACGCUCCGAAGCGGCCGCCGACCGGCUACCAGUUGUUCAGCGCGCACAAGCGGAAGAAGAAGGGCGACGAGAUGCCCAAGGGGAAGGCGGGCAUGACCUACAUCGCGGGCAAGUGGCAGGAGAUCGGCGAGGAGGGGAAGAAGAAGUGGCAGGGCAAGGCGGAGGACGGGCAGAAGCAGUACGCGAUCGACAAGGCGGCCUACGACGCGGCCGGCGGCGCGGGCGCCGCCGCGGCCGCGCCGGCGGACGGCUCCGCCGCGCCCAAGGACGGCGCGGCGCCGAAGCGCAGCAUCUCCUUCGACGCGUCCGUCGACGGUUCCGAGAAGACGUCCGAGAAGAAGAAGAAGAAGAAGGCGAAGAAGGACGCGCCGCCGCCGCCGCCGCCGAAGGCGGACUCGAGCUCCGACGAGUCGAGCUCGUCGAGCUCCGAGUCCGAUUCCGACUCGGACUCGGACUAG